UCCUCAUAACCAGUUCUCUUCAACACGUUUCUUGUUUGUUCAAUUCUCAUCCUCUCAAUUUUCAUUCCCGAAAAUGGAUUCUCAGCAAGAAACUAACACUAUGGCCAACACCGCCAUUGACACCUUCACCGACGCUGCCACCACCACUUCCACCGGCAUGGUGAGUCUAACAUCGAAGUACUCGAACCGGGUACUUGUAAAAACCAUUGUUGAACGUGAUGAUGGUGGGGUGGGAUUGAUUGGUGAGAGAUUGGUAAUUGGCGGGUGGGUAAAGUCUUCCAAAGAAGUUAAAAAAGAGCCGGUGACACCAGCACCAGCACCAGCACCAACAUCUGAUGAUCAUGGUGCUGCAGUGGCUUCAAGUCCUAAACGUAAAGAAAAAGAUGUGAGCUGUGUGGAGAUUCUUCAAUCAAGAAUCCCGUUUUUCAGGACAAUAAUAAAGGUUUUGAGUGGCGGUUCUGGUGGUGGUAGUACCAACACUAUCCGUGAGAAGUUGGAAGCUGUGCUUCCUAAGCCACCACUGCCUUCCACUCUCUUCUUGCAAAUUAGUGACGGUUCUUCUGUAGCUGCUCUCCAGGUGGUGGUGGAAUCUACUUUGGCUUCACCUAGCAGACUUCUGCCUAUUGGAACUUGUAUAUUAGCAGAAGGUGUGUUGGAUCAUUCAUUUCAGGGAAAUCGUGUUGUUGAACUCAAAGUAGAUAAAAUUCUUCAUGUUGGGACGGUUGAUCAUGAUAAGUAUAUUUUAUCAAGAAAGCGACUACCACUCGAUAAGCUAAGGGAUUCUGCGCAUUUUCGGCCUCGUACAACUACGGUGGCAUCUAUUAUGCGAAUCCGUAGUUCCCUGUCUUUCGCAACUCACACAUUCUUCCAAAACAAUGGGUUUUUGUAUGUUCAAGUUCCCAUUAUCACCACCACUGAUGCUGAAGGAUUUAGUGAGAAGUUCCAGGUGACAACUCUUUUAGAAAAAGCAGAUAAAGAGGAGCCAAAAGCCGCUAAGGAAAUUGAAGGCGUUAGCCUUGACAACAUAAAGGCUGCUAUAAAGGAAAAAAGCAAUCAAGUUGAAGAACUCAAGAGAAGUGAAAGCAAUAAGGAAGCACUCGCUGCUGCUCUUCAGGAUUUAAGGAAGACAAAUGAAAUAGCAUCACAGCUAGAGGCAAAAGAAAAAACGCAGCCAGCGCCUUCAAUUAAGACUGAUAAAAUUAACGUUUCUGAAGAUUUCUUCUCUCGCCAGACCUAUCUCACUGUUUCCGGUCGCCUUCAUUUGGAGAGUUAUGCGUGUGCCCUUGGAAAGGUUUACUCAUUUGGACCCAGGUUUCGAGCAGAGAAGAAAGAGUCAUCUAAACAAGUGGCAGAGAUGUGGAUGGUUGAGGCUGAAAUCGCUUUUUCACAAUUAGAGGAUGUCAUGAAUUGUGCGGAUGACUAUUUCAAGUUCCUCUGCACAUGGAUUGUUGAAAACUGUGAACGAGAUGCGGAAUUUAUCUCCAGACGGAUUGACAAAACCAUUAUUGAUCGGCUGCAAUCAAUGAUGUCAUCCUCCAUUGAAAAGAUUACCUACACAGAAGCAGUGAAAGCUCUGGAAAAGGUUACAGAAAAGAUUUUCGAAGCAAAACUCGAGUGGGGUGUGGCUCUCACAGCCGAACAUCUAAGUUAUUUGGCUGAUGAGAUCUAUAAGUGUCCUGUAAUCGUAUAUGAUUAUCCCAAAGCGGUUAAACCAUUUUAUGUACGCCUUAAUGAUGAUGGAAACACAGUUGCAGCAUUUGAUAUGGUUGUACCAAAGGUUGGAAAGUUGAUUACAGGCAGCCAAAAUGAGGAACGCCUUAAUAAGCUGAAUACAAGGAUCGAGGAAUUGGGCUUGCCAAAAGAGCAGUAUGAAUGGUAUUUGGAUCUACGCAGGCAUGGAACAGUAGCGCACUCUGGAUUUAGUCUUGGGUUUGAACUCAUGGUUCUCUUCAUUACUGGCCUCAUUGAUGUCAAAGAUGCAAUCCCUUUUCCUAGAAGUCUGGGAAAAGCCAACAAUUAGUCUGAUUUCCUGCAAAGUAUAC